CUCAUUGGAAAUGGCGGCGACACGCCAAACGGUUCUGGCGGCAUGAUUCCCAGCACUGCGCCUCCGUUUGCCAUGACACGCUGGGUUGCGCAGACCACGGAGAACUACGUCUCCGUCCUGCCCUACAACCACACCUACACGACCAUCCACGGCUUCCAAGGCACCCACCAACCCGCCAUCUGGAUGGGCGAGAGCGGCCAGGUCGUCGUCACGCCCGGUGUCGGCACGGUGCAGAGUGCGUUCGACGACCGCGGCCUGGAUAUCGUCUAUGACGAUGAUGGGCGCCGCGAGGCCGUUAGCGUGAGCUACUAUGCAGUGGACAUGGAAGCACCUGCAUCGGAAGGCGGCGGUAUCAUCUCAGCGGAGAUGAGUGCGACCUCUCGCGUCGGCCAUCUCCGCUUCACAUUCACCAACACGUCCACCGCACCGUGGGUGCUCGUCGAGGCGACGCGCGCCAGCACCCUCGGGUCGCCCGCCUCGCCUAACGGCACCUGGCUCACCUUCCCCGCAGGCUCCGUCUCCGUCUCACCAGACUCCCGCGAGAUCUGCGGGCACAAUCCCGAGCGGCAGGACGAGAUCCUCGGCCCGAACCCCGCGCCGGGCUGGGCAGGCUACUUCUGUGCGCGCUUCUCCGCGCCGCUCGCCAGCUGGGGCGUCCGCCAGGGCAGCGCCGACGCACCGGGCGUUCAGAGCGGCGCGGGCACGGAGCUGGCCGCGUACGCGGUGUUCCCCGCGGGCACGGAGAGCGUGGACGUGCGUGUCGGCGUGAGCUUCAUCAGCACAGAGCAGGCGCGCGCGUCCAUCGACGCAGAGGUGCCGGACGGGACGCCGCUGGAGGAGACCGCGCGCGUGACGCGUGCGGCGUGGGUAGACAAGCUGGGGCGCGUGCAGAUCGAGGGCGCGAGCGCGGAGGAGCGCGUGUCGUUCUACACGGGGUUCUUCCACACGCUGCAGUAUCCGUACGAGCAGGACGAGGGCGGGCAGUACUAUUCGGGGUACGACAACGCGGUGCAUGAGGGCAGCUCAUAUACAGGCUACUCGAACUGGGACACCUUCCGCGCGGAGUGGCCGUGGCUGAUCUUGAUUGCGCCGGAGCGCAUCCCGGGGAUGGUGCGCAGCAUGCUGCAGGACUACGUGGAGGGCGGCUGGCUGCCGAUGUGGAAGAAUAUCGUCGGUGCGAUCUCGACGCAUGCGGACUCGCUCAUCGCAGAAGCCGUUAUCAAGAACAUCACCGGAUUCGACCUCGAGACGGCGUAUGCGGCGGUGUACAAGGAUGCGACCGUACCGCCCUUCGAAGACUGGAUUAUCUCGUACUACGACCGUGAGGAGGGCGUGGGCUACGAGGUCCGCGCAGGCCUCUCGUCGGUGUACGAAGAGCAUGGCUGGGUUGCGAAUGACAUCCACUCCGAAGCUGCGUCGCGGACCCUCGACUUCGCCUACGACGACUACGCUGUGUCCGUGCUGGCGGCGUACCUCGGGCACGAUGAAGACGCGGCCUUCUUCCGCAACCGCGCGGACACGGCGCCAUUCACCAUCUUCAACAACGCCACGGGCUUUAUGGAAGCGCGCAACGCGAACGGCUCGUGGGCGGGCCAGGAUGAGGGCUGGACGGAGGGCGACAUGUGGGCGUACACGUUCGAUGUCAUCCAGGACAUCCCGGGCCUGAUCGCGCACCGGGGUGGGAACGCCUCCUUCGUGCAGUUCCUGGACGAGCACUUCGAUGGCGGACACAACGACCAGACCAACGAGCCAUCCCACCACAUUCCGUACCUUUACGCGCUCGCCGGGGCCGCCUCCAAGGGCCAGGAACGCAUCCGCCAAAUUGCUGCUGCGAACUAUAACGCCACGAUUGACGGCCUGUCAGGUAACGAUGACUGCGGGCAGAUGAGCGCGUGGUACAUAUUCAGUGCCUUGGGCUUUUACCCCGUCGACCCUGUAUCCGCCACAUACGUGAUUGGCACGCCAUUCUACGACAAAAUCACAAUCGACCUACCGGGCGUGGCCCAGCCUCUGGUCAUCACCUCAAAUGGAGCGCCAACGAUGCCAUACGUGAAGAGUGUGACGGUAAACGGCGAGUCCUUCGACGCUCCCAUCAUCACGCACGAGCAGAUCGCGUCGGGCGGCGAGAUUAUCUUUGAGAUGGCCGCUGAGCCGCAGGAAUGGGCGUCGGCCACCCUGGCAGGGAAAGGCAAUACGGCAAAUCAGCAUUUAGACACCACUCAACAUGACGAGCUGUGAACGCAAAACUACGCCGUCAUCUGACCAAAACUAAGCGCAAUUUGCGGUAUCGAGCUUUACACUUCUUGAGGACGACUUGUACAAUAGCAUCUGCAAAGUGGUCUCCUGCUAUGCAUCCUAGCAAGGCUGCGUGUGACCCGUUCUUACAGCACCAUACAUUCAUAUAACACACAUACAGGCCAAUCCAUGACACGCAUUGUACACUCCACUACGACGUAAUCUACAAGGGUCUGAAUGGC